GGAGAAGAGUAGGGUUUCGGCCCUCACUAACACUACUUGAUCUUAUCCGAGCGAGCCGCCCGGCGCCGCCGCCAAGGCGGCCGGAGUCGCCUCUCUUCCCCUUCACCCUCAGAGCAACUCUAGCAGUUACUGUGGCCGCGCCGCCACCGUGUUCUCGCGGGAAGGUGGCGCGGUCGGGAGGGAGGCGGCGAUGGCGCCCGCGGCUGCUACCGGCGGCGAGCGAUGACGACUGCCCGCGGUCGGAGCGUUCGCUCGCGAUGAUGGCCGCGCGGGUUCACCCUAAACAAUCCCCAAAAUUUGCAGUUUUUCCUUUUUUCCCCUUUGUUUUCCUUGGUGAUUUGUUUCAUCUCUUAGCUGUUCCCUCUGUUUGUUCGAUCUGUUAUUGGAUAAUUGUUUAACUGGAGUAGACCUAGAUUUCUACUGUUGCUUGUUGCUGCAUUUGGUCCUGCUCUUGAACUGGACCAUUACUUCGUCCAUGAUCAAUUAUUUUGUAUAUUUUGCUAGCCUCCAUGCCUGUUCUUUGUUAUGAAUUUCAAAGUGCUGUGCUGUAAUUCUUGUGAAACAUUGCUCUGUUUUUUCUUCUCUGAUGUAAUUCAAAUGUGAACAGUUUUGUUUAGUCAAAUGUAAGGUUCAGUAGCGUGAUAUUUUACAAAUGAAGUGCUAGCUUAUGCUUUGUUUAUGCUAGAAAGCGGAUGUGAUUCUGGUGAGACAGGUUGACGCAGGAAGAUCGAGAUGUUCUCUGUUACCUUUACGAAGUUUGACUUGGAUAUGUACAUUUGUUGCUGGACCGAAUCUGCAAGAUGCAGUCACCGAGGAAAUUGGCUGUUUUCUUUAUGAAUUGACGGUCUACAUCACCGAUGGUUGGCAAGCUCAUCAAAAUGAAGCUGUUACGUCUUGUAUGUCAAACAUGUUAUGUUUACUGUCUCAGGUUUAAAGAAUGAACUAGUGCUGUGCAUAAUCUCAGAAUCGACGUAUUACCUAAGUAUGCAAUGGAUCAAACUAUUGCUUCUUCCUUGUAGACUUGAAAUGCACAAUACCUGUUGGAAUUAUAGCUUGAGCAUGCACUGACAGUAAUUACGAAGAAUAUCAUGGUGUAGUAAAAUAGUGUAGAGCACAUCUUGAUGAGUCUGAUCCAGUGUAAUAGAAUAAACAGGCUGUCGUCUCUUUACCCGAUGCUCCAUUUUUUCUAUCAGUACAAGCUAAUGAUAUAUCCCGCAUCUUUUCACAUGAUGCUCCUUUUCUAUCAGCAAGCUAAGAAUUUAUAACUGUAGCAAGAAGACUACUUUUUCAGUGAUAUAUAAUAUCUCGCUAUGUACAAUAUUACUCUGGCAGCUGGGCAAGGAGAAGCUACUAGUUUCUUUUGCAUCGCACCUGAAACAUUCUUGAAGCGAAAUGUCGGAGCAGGAUGCAAGCUGGCGUUUUAUCAAACAAACAAGUAAGGUUUCACUGCGGCCACGGUGCUGGGAUGAUGGUCUUCCAGAGCAGGAUGAUUUGACUGGAAACAUUCAGCUCCAAUCUCUCUCUCUGAGUAAAUCUGACAAUUAAACUACAGUUUAUAAUAUACAAAUAUCACACACACUUAUAUUUCAAAACCAGUACAAAAACACAAAAUUGUGCGUGCUUUUAAGCAAUUCUAGUAUUUAACUUUCUAACUGUGCGCUUUUUAAGCAAUUCUAGUACUCCCUCUGUCCAACAAAAGAUGUCUCAAAUUUUUCAAAAUUUGGAUGUAUCUAGACAUGAUUUUGUGUAUAGAUGCAUUCAAAUUUAGUCAAAGUUGAGACAUCCCUUGUUGGCCGGAGGGAGUAUUUAACUUUCUAACUGUGCGCUUUUUAAGCAACUCUAGUACAUCAAACAUGCUACGAGCACAAGAAUAUUUUUAGCCUGCAUGGCCGCAUCUUUCAAUCAUCGAAGAUUUUCAUGUUAAAUUAGAAACAUUGCAUCUCAUCAGAGAGACCGUGGUCGUGGGAUGGUCAUCGGGAGCUAGAUGUUUUGACUAAAAACCUCCGUCAAGGCCCUCCUCUCCAAGAUCCACAACUAAAUGGUCCUGAACUCCAAGGUCCUUGACUCCAAGAUGGCAGUCAUGUACCAGAGGAAUUGGUGGAGCGCAUGGAGUAGACCAUGAAUGCCGUGGUUGUUCUGAAAUACGGCGGAUCCAAUGAGUUGGAUCAGCCACCAACCAUAUACCGUGUCCCUCAGGAGCUGAAACGAAGCUGCAAGCAGGCCUUCCUCCCGGUUGCUGUUGAGCUUGGCUUGUUUGCCCACCCGUACCGGUGGACGGGCAGCGAGCAUGCCAUCCAGCACUACAAAUGGUGCUGCGUGCGCAGGCUUAUAAGUAGGCACCACCUCCUCCAAGAGCCCGAACGGACUCCUGCACUCCUGCGCCACUGCCUCGAUGCCCUGGAAAGCCUUGAGCCGCGGAUCCGGUCGUCCUACCACCCACGUCAGCAGAGCUACAAAGUCUCCAGCCAGGAGCUGAUGUGCAACAUGCUGCUGGAUGGAUGCUUCAUCCUCCACCGCCUGCUUAAGUACGCGCGUAUCAACAGGUUAGAAGCUUUUCCAGCAGGCCUUGGCAGGCUCAAUUUCAGUGAGCAAGAGGAUGACGAUGACGACGACUGGACCCAGUUGUUCGGGAGGUGUUGGGUGUGGGGGUUUGUCACCUGCGAUCUGCUGCUGCUGGAGAACCAGGUCCCUUUCUUCGUCGUGCAGAAGUUUUCAAGGAGCUCCGGACGGACCCUGAUGAGAGCGGCGACGUCCUCGUGGCUGGCGCACUGCAUCUCUUUCGAUCCAUCCGGCCGCAGAGGCUGCAAUCCUCCCAUAUCACCUGCCAUGAGGUGCACCACCUCCUGCACCUCUUCCACCGCUCUGUCGGACUCCCGGAAAAAGAAGCUGCACCUGGUGAUCAAUGCCGGCACGUGGUGCCCCCAUCAGAGCUCCCACAGUGGAUACCGUGCGCCAGGGAGCUGGAGGAGGCUGGUGUCAAGUUCCGGGCAAGGAAGGCCGCUGAUGCGACAAGCUUCCUCGACGUGAGGUUCCACGGCGGCGUCCUGGAGAUCCCGACACUGGAGCUGUGCGACUACAGCGAGCCCCUGUUCUGCAACCUGAUCGCCUUCGAGCAGACCUACCCAUUGGUGCCGUGCCAUGUCACCACCUACGCCGUCUUCAUGGACUGCCUCGUCGCCUCGCCGGAGGACAUGAGGCUGCUGCACCUUAGAGGCGUGCUGGUGAAUCAGAUGAACGGCACCGGUGAACGGGAUGCUGUGGGGAUCUUCGGCCGCCUAUGCUCAGAGGCCCACCUGGCGUCUGACAUGAACUACCUCGCCGGCGUGAUUGGGCAGGUGGACAGGUACCGGCGGUCCAGGUGGCCACGGUGGCAUGCAGCAUUGGUGCGUGACUACUUCAGCAACCCGCGGGUGGCUAUGUCGCUUGCGGCCGUGGCAUUGUUGCUAGGGCUCACCAUGAUCCAGGCCUUCUUUGCUGCUUAUUCCUACUUCAAGCCUCCGAAGCAGCAGUAAUAAUUAUGUGAUUAUCUAUUCAUAUGUAUUGUGGAUUCUGUUUACAUCUUAAUAAUUUUUCUAAUGUUUUGGUUUCCUCCAGCCAUGCUCAUCUCACUCCAUAUGUAUAUUUUCUGAAGAUCCAGUUUUAGAUUUUCUGAUAGAGUUUUCAAAAGUGAAGAUCAGUACUAUGAGUAUGUUUUUUUGUAUUUGGAACUCACUGAACCUGUACUUCCUAUCAUAUCAGUUUUCA